UGCCAGUAUAAACUGCCCGUGAUCACCAUGCUCGCGAUUAAACAGAUAUUAGUCCUGAUUUUCGUCUCGUGCGCUGUGCUUAUGUUGUGCGAGGCGAGACCUGACAGCGCGGGUCAUGCUCCGUUGCCUGGACCAGGACUUUCAUAUGGUGGCAUUCCUUACGGCAGUAUGAGCGGCAACGUUGCUGAAUACUUCAGACAGCAAGGGCCAUCUAUCGGACGAGGUGGGAACUUCCACACCGCUGCUGCCAUAAAUUACGCGCCAAUUGAGCAGUUCUUAUAAUAGAUGGCGUAAACAAUAGUUAUAUUUAAUUUAUUUUUAUAGUCUUAUAUUCACGCUCAGGCCAAUUUCUUAUUAUUUGGGUUGAGUAUUCAUGUUUUAUAAUUAAGUGAUUCAAGAU